AUGGGUAAGGAGGCUAAAUACCAACUCACCGAGAUGAAGUCUUGCCUUGUGAAAUCGGCCGAGAGUCUCGUAGCGGGGACCAAGCGCCUCGCGCUUCUCCAGGCCGGCAACGCCACUUCAACUCGUCUGCUCACACCAAUGCAUUUAUAUACCAUACGGGUCUGUCUUGACCUGCUGGCUCGGCAACUUCGACCCUGGAGACAAGAGGCCAUGCAGGCCGUCCAAGAGAACACGUGA